CCCGAAAAUCAGUUUUGUGUUCGAUUCAUUCGUUGGUUGGUAUAUAUAAUGUUCACGAAGAGAGAGGGAGAGGGGGAGGGAGAGAGAGAGAGAGAGCUGUCUCUUGGGUUUUCUUGAAGGAUUUUUCAGUUGGCGAGAGUGAAAGGAGUCACCUUUGAGCGCUGGGUUGAUCGGAGAUGGAGGACGACGAGAGCACGAUCGACCUGAGCCGUUACUCUUCGCUCGGUGAUUUCAGGCUCGACGUCGAAGCAGAGAAAGAGGGAGGACGAGAACGAGGAGGAGGAGGAGGAGGAGAUGGGUCUUUGGUUUUCUGCUUCUGGGUUUAUCUCUUGAACUCCACCACCGCUUUCCCUUGUACCAUUUUUCGUCAGGUGAACUCAGAUGUCCAGGACGGUUUUCCAAUUCUUGUUUUGAAUGAAAAUAAGAGACUCGUGCUUCUGCCACCGCUUUCUCCACAAAAAGAAUCCCCUGAUUCUGAGGUUUCUCCUUUUUCAAGUGAAAAAUCGUACGCUUCUUCAGAUAGCGAGUUUCCAUUUGGAAAAUGGGUCCAUGUUGGCUGUCAGGUCUCAAAUGACCUUUUACGGCUUCACAUUGACGGGGAAGUGGUGGAUGAGAAGUGCCUAAGUGCUUCAAAAGACGGAGAAACUUAUCCAAGUCCUUUAAGGAAAAUAAGUUUGGUUAGUACCAAUGGAACUGAUGAUGGUAUAGAAGGUUAUUUGUACAGUCCAAAGGUCUUGCACCCUUCUUCAUCCAUUGAGGAUCACUAUAAGGACUCACCUAUACACUUAGCUAUCGACAAGUCAUCUGCUUCUGACAUAGAAGAAGGUAGUGAUGGUAUCUGGAGUAUCAUAGGUGGAAAGGCAUCGUGUCGGAGGAACUUUGCGUUGGAUGUUGUCUUGCUAGAUGCGUUUGGCCAGAUUGUGAAUAAGGAAAUGGAGGUUGUUGCUUCACUUCUGUAUGCUAACAGUGGCUCGCUGGUGGAGAAAACCAGCGACGAUGAAGCCCCUCUUUUGACAAGCUACGAUGGAAUUGAAUUUGAUUCCUACGAGAAACCUAGCAAAUUAUUGCAUGGGCGUGCUUCUUUUAAGCUCAAGAUAUCUCAGCUUUCAUCCAAGUGUGAUAACAGGUUGUUCCGUGUGAGGUUUAACAUACCACAGGCUGGAAAUUAUCCUUUCUUAGAGGCUUUUUCAAAUCCCAUCCGAUGUAUUUCUCGCAACCGCAAUGCCAGAACAUCCUCUCUGAUAAUUUGGAAAAGGCCACCAUCUGGCAUUUUACCAGUUAAGUGUACUUUAUCUUCCAAAUAUGAAUCGCCAGAACUCGAGCAUAAUACUGUACGUGAAGCAAAACCUAGUCCAUCAUCAAAAAGGGUUAGAUUGGGAAAGGGAGAUUAUUCGUUUCAGCAGCUGGAUGACGAAUGCAACUCUAACAUCCGUAGUGAUUUUAAGGCUAAGGAUAGUUUCGGGACAAGCCCAGACGUGAUAUUGAAGAAUUAUGAAGCUGCAGAGAAGCGUUCUUCAGAUGCUGAAUGUACUAAAAUGCAAAAUUCAAAUUCCAAGAGUAUGCCAAGUGUUGGAAAAGCAGUUUCAGAAUCUAUCACAUUUAGGUACUGCUUAGCAGCCUCACAUGAGAGGGCUCUUCUGCUGAAGGAGUUUGCUGUAUCUGCUUCAGAUGAAGAAGUUUUGGAACUCGCAAAUCAGGUCUCCUUGUACACUGGAUGCUCCCAUCAUCGGAACCAAAUUGCAGUUGCAAAGAAAUUGAUAGAGGAAGGAACAAAAUUAUGGAGCUUGAUUUCACAAAACAACAGCCGUGUUCACUGGGACAGCGCUAUCUAUGAGAUUGAAGAGUACUUUAUGAAGAUUGCUUCCUGCAAUACUAGAACUCUUUCCCAACAGGACUUCGAGCUCCUGAGGAGAAUCUCUGGUUGCCAAGAUUAUUUGAUGCAAGAGAAUUUUGAGAGGAUGUGGUGUUGGUUGUACCCUGUUGCCCUCACUCUAUUGAGAGAUUCGGUGAAGGCAAUGUGGCAUUCUGUGUCCCCUAGAUGGAUAGAAGGUUUCAUAACUAAGGAGGAAGCAGAAACUUCUCUUCGAAGUCCAAAGGGCCAUCAAGAACCUGGAACUUUUGUUCUUCGGUUUCCCACAUCAAGGAGCUGGCCCCACCCUGAUGCAGGUUGCUUGGUUGUGACUUACAUGGGCAACGAUUACAGCCUUCGCCACAAGCUCCUUUCCUUUGACUAUAUCUGCAGGCAAAGAGUAAUUGAGGGAAACAAUUCCAGAAUCCGGUGCUUCAGGGUUAUCAUUUUACCCUGUCAUUCUCUUUUCUUUGUCACAUCCUCAGUCAGCUGCAUUUCGAAAACUAAAUGUGAGCCUGCAUAUCCAGGAGAAGGCUUAAAGUGCAAAUUAUGGAACCUGCACGUGAAAAGGUUGCGCAAGAUCCAGAUCGUUAAAGUGCCACACUAUCUUUCACGUAGGGAAACUUGACAUUCUCCUUGAGAACAGUAAAAAUUCACUCAGUGGAAGAAUAUGAGUAAAAUUUUACAUCGGUAUAAGGUUAAACUAGUAGAGAUUCAUUCAAUCAAAUGUUCGACUAACGU